GUUUUGCAGUGUAGAUGUACCCUGGGUUAUUACUGAGCGCCUGGAACCUGCCCACUUUGCAGUGAUGAUGCAGGUGAAAUCAUCUCGGAACUGUUAGCGAUUAUCUUUAAGAACUCCUGGAAGGGUCACUGACCUAGUGGAGGAGCAGGAGACGUGAUGUAUCUUGAUUUUAUUACAGCCUUUGACCUAGUCCCACGUGACAUUCUCACAAGCAAACUGAGGAACGUGGUCUAGAUGAAAUUACUGUAAGGAUGUUGAAAAAUCAGAGAGGGGCGGAGAAGAUCCACGAAAAUGAUUGCCGGCUGGAGAAAAGGCCUCAUGGUGAGAGAUUUAACGAGCUCCGUCUGUUUAGUUUCUUAAACAGAAGAUUGAGAGGUCUUGGACCUGCCCUGGGAGGAAAUACCAAGUGCUAAAUGGCCCUUUAAGCUAACAGAGAAAGGCAGGACAAGGACCAAUGGCUGCAAACUGAAACCAGACAAAUUCAAAUGAGACAUAAUGCACAGGUUUUCUAACGGUGGAAACACAGCAGUCUCGCUGCUGAUUGUCCAGAAAAUGGCAGAAGAGAGCGACGAAGCGACAAGCGAUACCAAUUUCAGCCUAAAAUGCGUUAAAGAUAAAUGGAUCCCAGUUACCGUUACUGUCGUCAUCACAGCGUUGAUCAUCACCAUAAUUGCAUUGGCAGCCAAGAAGACGCCCCCCUGCCCAAGCUGCCCGUCCCACGUCACUGCUGCGUGCCCGGGCGGCUGGGUGGGAUACCAAGGGAAAUGCUACUACUUCUCAGAGACUGAAGGGAACUGGAACAACAGCCAGAGCCACUGCUCUUCCCUCAACUCCUCCCUGGCUUCCAUUGAUUCCCUGCCGGCGCUGGAUUUCAUGCUGCGCUAUAAAGGGAUCCCUUACCACUGGAUUGGCCUCCAUAGGGAACAAGGCGAGGGCCAGCCCUGGAAGUGGACCAACGGUACCAUAUUCAACAACCUGUUUCAGGUCAGAGGGGAAGGGCAGUGCGCCUACCUGGAUGAACAGGGGGUCAGCAGCUCCAGGUGCUACUCAGAGAGACAUUUCAUAUGCAGGUGGCCAGACUCAGCUCCCACUUCCCCACCACGGAUCUGCACAGCUGCCUCAUCACUGCCGCCGCCCCCCCAAUCCGUCGGUAGAUCUCCCGCUCCCAUUUACCAUCACCAAGCGGUGAUUGGCUGA